AUAUAAACAAAGCUGGGGCGUUUUCGCCAGCGUCUACCUAAGAUUGGAUAAUCACAUCAUAAGGAGGAUGCGGCGGGAUUUCGCUUUCCAGUUGAAUGCGCACUACGUUGUUGUAUGAGAAGGUGACGAGGAUGUGUAGGUUCAUAAUCGGUGAAGUUGUAAGAUCUGCGCGACAAGUGGCAGAGAUGGGAAGGUGCUAUCAUUGCUAUGGGGCGCGUCUCCAUCGGGCCCAUCAUCACCACGAUCCCCCGCUUUCAACGUCCACUAAAUUAGUGUACUCCAUAAAUUCCAUGCUUCCCCAAACGCAUCUACACUAAUACCACCACGGAAUACUGCAAUAAGAACCGACCUGCGACCCAUGUGCUGUGUGCAGCGAUCUCAUUACAGAUCUGUCGCCGUCCGCCGAACACUAACAUAAGGGUGCCUAGAAG